AUGGCGCCCGCUGCUAUCUCCCCACCGGCAUCGCCACGACAAUCUGCUGCCACUCCUUCCGAUGUCUCUUCAUACCAAGGCUACCACCAUGUGCACUGGUAUGUCGGUAACGCCAAACAAGCCGCCUCGUUUUAUGUAUCACGUAUGGGCUUCGAGCGUGUUGCAUACCGCGGACUAGAGACUGGAUCAAGAACGACCGCAUCCCAUGUCAUCCGGAACGGCAAGGUGACUUUCAUCCUCACAUCACCCUUGAGGUGCCUGGAACAGGGCUCAAGAUUCAGCAAAGAAGAUGAGCAGCUCCUACGAGAGAUCCAUGAGCACCAAGAGCGCCAUGGUGAUGCCGUCAAAGAUGUCGCUUUCGAAGUCGACAACGUGGAUGCCAUAUACUCCGCCGCCGUCUCAUCAGGCGCAGCCACCAUCUCAGCCCCCCACGACAUCACCGACAGCUACGGCACCGUCCGCCUCGCCACCAUCCGCACAUACGGCGACACAACCCACACGCUCAUCCAAAAGAACAACUACGCAGGCAUCUUCCUCCCCGGCUACCGCCCCGAAUCCACAUCCGCCGACCCCCUCCAAAAGUACCUACCCCAAGUCAAGCUCGAAGCCAUCGACCACUGCGUCGGCAACCAAGACUGGGACGAGAUGGAAAGCGCAUGCGAGUACUACGAGAAGGUGCUUGGUUUCCACCGCUUCUGGAGCGUCGACGACAAGGAUAUUUGCACUGAGUACUCGGCGCUUAAGAGUAUUGUUAUGAGCUCGCCGAAUGAUGUGGUCAAGAUGCCUAUCAAUGAGCCUGCCAAGGGCAAGAAGCAGAGCCAGAUUGAGGAGUAUGUUGACUUUUACGGUGGGCCUGGUGUUCAGCAUAUCGCGCUACGGACUGACAAUAUCGUUCGCGAUAUUACCAACCUGAAAGCGAGGGGCGUGGAGUUCAUCAAGGUGCCGGAGACGUACUAUGACUCUAUGAAGAUGCGGCUCAAGAAGUCGGGACUCAAGCUGAAUGAGGACUUUGAGGUGUUGAAGAGCUUGGAUAUUCUGAUUGACUUUGAUGAGGGUGGUUACCUGUUGCAGCUUUUCACGAAGCAUUUGAUGGAUCGGCCGACGGUGUUCAUUGAGAUUAUCCAGAGGAACAACUUCGAUGGUUUUGGCGCGGGUAACUUCAAGAGUCUGUUCGAAGCAAUCGAGCGGGAGCAGGACGCUCGGGGUAACUUGGUUUGA